AUGGAGCAUCUUAAAAAAACCUUUGCUCAAUGCCAAAAAGAGGGCCGUCCGGCCCUGGUGACCUAUGUCACUGCCGGCUUUCCGACAGCCGCGGAAACUCCAGAUAUCAUGCUGGCCAUGCAAGCUGGAGGCGCAGAUGUCAUUGAACUCGGCCUUCCAUUCACAGACCCCAUUGCCGAUGGACCUACCAUCCAAAAAUCAAACCUGAGAGCCCUCGAAAAUGGGGUUACAAUCACUUCCAUGUUGCAAAUGGUCAAAGAUGCACGGCAGCAGGGUCUGCGCAUCCCCGUCCUCUUCAUGGGAUACUAUAAUCCGGUUCUGCGCUUUGGCGAAACCGCCCUGCUUGCAGAAUGCAGAGAAGCCGGCGUGAAUGGUUUCAUUAUUGUAGAUCUACCGCCGGAGGAAGCUGUUCGAUUCCGCGACCAAUGUCGGGAUGCCGGCCUUUCAUAUGUUCCCUUGAUUGCUCCGUCCACGACUGAAGACCGUAUGAAGACGCUUUGCGGGAUUGCCGACACAUGGAUCUAUCUGGUAUCCCGAAUGGGCGUCACUGGAGCCACUGGUACUCUUAAUAAUCAGCUUCCCGACUUGAUGAAGCGGGUUAAGGAUCUCUCUGGCGGUGUCCCGGUGGCCGUCGGCUUUGGCAUCAGCACCCGUGAGCAUUUCCUGGGCGUGACCUCCGUCGCUGAUGGCGCCGUAAUUGGUAGCGAGAUCAUCAAUCAGCUGGCGAAUGCCCCUGCUGGACAGGGAGCUCGCACGAUUGAGGAGUAUUGCGCACAGAUCACGGGGCGACGAGUCCCUCGCACAGCAGCAGAUGAGCCAUCCUCUACCUCAUCUACAGCCGCCGUUCCUGCUUCGAAGGCGAAGGAGCCUACACAGUCACCAGCCGCAGAUGAAGUUGGUUCGGCGUCCGAACGUGGCCGCUUCGGCAAAUUUGGUGGACAAUACGUCCCGGAGGCGCUGACGACGUGUCUCAACGAACUGGAGGCCGGCUUCCAGGCUGCGCUGGAUGAUCCGGCCUUUUGGGAAGAGUAUCGCUCUUAUUACCCUUACAUGGGUCGGCCGUCGACGCUGCACCGCGCGACGCGAUUGACCGAGUCCGCGGGCGGCGCGAAUAUCUGGCUCAAGCGCGAGGAUCUGAACCACACGGGUUCUCACAAGAUCAACAACGCCCUGGGCCAGAUCCUGAUCGCGCGGCGGCUGGGCAAAACCGAGAUCAUCGCUGAGACCGGGGCGGGUCAACACGGUGUGGCCACGGCGACGGUCUGCGCGAAGUUCGGCAUGAAAUGCACCGUCUACAUGGGCGCGGAGGAUGUCCGUCGGCAGGCGUUGAAUGUCUUCCGCAUGCGCCUGCUGGGCGCCACCGUGGCGUUUCGGGCCUGGAUCACUCGGCUGGACACGACGCAUUAUAUCAUCGGGUCCGCCAUUGGGCCGCAUCCAUUCCCGACGAUCGUGCGGACCUUCCAAUCCGUGAUCGGGACCGAGACCAAGGCGCAGCUGCAACAGGAGAUCGGGAAAUUGCCGGACGCGGUGGUGGCCUGUGUGGGCGGUGGAUCAAAUGCCGUGGGCAUGUUCUACCCGUUCGUCGAGGAUGGCUCGGUGCAGCUGGUGGGCGUGGAGGCCGGCGGCGAUGGUCAGGCGAAGCACUCGGCGACUCUCGGCGGCGGCAGCGUCGGGGUCCUGCAUGGCGUGCGCACAUAUGUCCUCCAGGACCGCCAUGGGCAGAUCACGGACACGCAUUCCGUCUCCGCUGGCCUCGACUACCCGGGCGUCGGACCGGAGCUGGCGUCGUGGAAGGAUAGCAAUCGCGCGACCUUCUUUGCGGCCACGGAUGCGCAGGCGCUCGAGGGAUUCCAGCUGCUCAGUCAACUCGAGGGGAUCAUCCCGGCGCUGGAGUCCUCGCAUGCUGUCUGGGGGGUGAUGCAGGUGGCUCGCGAGCUGGGACCUGGGAAGGAUAUCGUGCUCUGCUUGAGUGGUCGCGGUGAUAAGGAUGUGCAGACGGUCAUGGAUGAACUGCCUCAGUAUGGGGGAAAUAAUUGA